CGUUUCUCUUUUUAUUACCCUCACUCGUGGUCGUCUCGUCUCCCUCUCUCUCUUCUUGUUGCUUAUUUCAUUUACUCAUCCAAAAAUUUUUUUAGCUCAGCUGCGUUGCUCGCUUCCCGGCAAGAACAGUCAGGCUACCAAACUCUCGCCAAGCCGCAAUGAACUGUUCAAUCUCUGGCGAGGUGCCGGAAGAGCCUGUCGUGUCCAAGAAGUCGGGUUUACUCUUCGAGAAGCGCUUAAUCGAGAGACACAUUUCGGAUUUUGGAAAAUGCCCAAUAACAGGAGAACCACAUGCUAUGGACGAUAUUGUUCCAAUCAAAACAGGAAAAAUUGUGAAGCCCAGACCCUUAACAGCUGCUAGCAUCCCAGGGAUGCUAGGAAUGUUCCAGAAUGAAUGGGAUGGUUUGAUGCUAUCUAAUUUUGCUUUGGAGCAACAACUUCAUACAGCUAGACAAGAGCUUAGUCAUGCCUUAUACCAACAUGAUGCUGCUUGUCGAGUGAUUGCUAGACUUAAAAAGGAAAGAGAUGAAGCAAGGGCAUUACUUGCAGAGGUCGAUAGGCAAGUAAUGCCCAUGGCAGCAUCAGCAUCGCUUACAUCCAAUGCUUCUGUCCUUACCAAUGGGAAAAGAGCUCUUGAAAGUGAGGAUUCGGGCCCUGAUGGGAAGAAAUUACGUCCCGGAAUUUCAUCUAGCAUUAUUACUAAGCUAACAGAUUGUAAUGCAUCUCUUUCACAACAGCGGAAAAAACGGCAGAUUCCUCCAUCUUUGUCUCCUGCUGAUGCUUUAGAGAGGUAUACCCAGCUUUCUAGUCAUCCCCUUCACAAAACAAACAAACCUGGCAUUGUUUCUAUUGAUAUCCAUUAUCCCAAGGAUGUCAUUGCAACUGGAGGGGUUGAUUCAAAUGCUAUACUUUUUGACCGAUCCUCAGGACAGAUCUUAACUACUCUGAGUGGUCAUUCAAAGAAGGUUACUAGUCUCAAAUUUGUUGCCGAAGGUGACCAAUUAUUAACAUGCUCAGCAGAUAAGACUGUUCGAUUGUGGCAAGGCUCUGAAGAGGGAAAUUAUGAUUGUAGGCAUAUCUUGAGGGAUCAUAUUGCAGAGGUGCAAGCUGUAACUGUCCAUGCCACUAAUGAUUACUUUGUUACUGCUUCUCUUGAUGGCACAUGGUGCUUCUAUGAUAUUUCCUCUGGCUUAUGCUUGACACAGGUUGCGGACAACUCAGGGCCUGAGGGCAGACCUGAGGGUUAUACAUCUGCCGCUUUUCAUCCUGACGGUCUCAUCCUUGGAACAGGCACCUCUGAAGCUCUUGUUAAGAUUUGGGAUGUGAAAAGUCAGGCAAAUGUUGCAAAAUUUGAUGGACAUGUGGGGGCAGUUACUGCAAUAUCUUUCUCAGAAAAUGGUUACUACCUUGCGACUGCAGCUUAUGAUGGUGUAAAAUUGUGGGAUCUGCGGAAGUUGAAGAACUUCCGGUCUUUCGAAUUUAAUGAUUCAGAUACACCAACAAAUUCUGUUGAUUUCGACCAUAGUGGGUCUUACCUUGCAAUUGCAGGUGCAGAUAUAAGAAUCUACCAAGUUGCCAGUGUUAAAGCAGAGUGGAAUUGUAUCAAAACUUUUCCUGAUUUGUCUGGCACAGGUAAGGCUACUUGUGUGAAAUUUGGUCCAGAUUCGAAAUAUAUUGCGGUAGGGUCAAUGGAUCGCAACCUCCGCAUUUUUGGGUUGCCUAGUGAUGAUGGCUCAUUGGAGUCAUAAAUUAUACUCAAGCUGCCACUUUAGGUUACCUUUUUUUUUCGCCGCUACUGGUGGAGGCGGUAUAACCUGGAAUACCUGGUUUCAGACAGACUUACACUGUUAACGCGGGAGCAAGAACGAAAAAUUUUAAAAAUCGUGCAUGCUGUAGCAGUGCGGUGUAUUUAUAUUAGAUUCAAGAGGACGCCAAAGAAGAAAAGAUGAAACUUGUUAGGGCCCAAUCAUUUUGUAUUUGUCUCUAUUUAUACUGAAAUUUCCAAACCAUUCAAUCUUCUGGUGCUAUCAUUAAAUUGUUAAAUUUUUUUACCGUGCGAUGUUGGGAAUUUUGUAAGGUGAUUAUUCUUUACAAUACCUUUAUAAUUUCGGAUUGAGUAGGCAAGUCGUUGUUGGUUUAGUUGGAAUGGACCAUGAGCAUGCCUAGUCUUCUGUUAUAUGACAUGAUUGUCAAAAAAUAUGCCAAACUUUUAAGGAGAAAUGUUUAAUAUUUUAUCUUUUUUCUUUUCA